GUUCUCCUGUGUUUACCAAGGUUAUAAGGCAAAAGUGCCUGAAAGAGUUUCAGCAGAAAUUCACUAGAAGACUCCAGUGGGAAUAGGGUUCAUCCAGUCCCCACCCCCAGUCUAGUGAGGUUCUCCAGUUCUGCUUUCGGAACAAAGGCAGAUUGACAGCCCUUUUCUUCGGUUCCAAAUGUGGCUCUGGAUGGUGAGGCUGUGAUGUCAGAGGUUGGAGAGCUGUUACCACCUUCAUAUUAUGACUGGAGUAUAAUUAUGGCUUGUAAAGGCUACAAAUCAGUAGACUAGAGAUUUUUGCAUUGGAUUUCCAUUUCAGAGGGUGACUUGGGCUGCACUAACAACUCACUGCCCCAUACAACCAGUUUCACACCUUUCCAAGACAGCUAGCUAGAGCUAGGCAGCUUGGGUGUUAGAGCCCUGGAGAGAGCUCCCCAGCACCAUCCUUGUCUUCCUUGGCUCUGUAGCCCUGAGCACCCAUCCAACAACAGCAAGCAAAUCACCUCACUGCAAUGUGAUCCCUGUCCUGUCAUCUGAAGCCUCCCACCCCCCUGACAUCCAGGACACAGGCUUGGAGACAGUCUGUGUGCCCCCUUCCUUGUGAUCCCUGAGCCUCACAGAGUUGGUGUUUGUGGCUCCCACCUGACAAUGUUGUACAUUAAGCAGUACUUGUUGGAAGUGGGGAAAAAAGUCUCUUUAAGGAAUCUUGUGGGUAGAAUGGCCUCUUUUAUUGUUCAACCAUUUAAAUGAAGAUUUGCCAAUUAGCACCAGGAAGAAUGCAGUUGUACAUAAUAGGUUUUCCCCUGUGAGAUCGGCCAUAGCCGGCUCUGAAAUCAGGGGUGAAGUGCCAGGCUUUAGCUCUUUUCCCAACAAGAGGGCUUAGAAAGAUUCCCCUCCAUGCCCUAGGCACAACUUGCAACACUGUCUGAUUGGAAGAUAGCAGCAUUUUCAGAGUAUCCGAAGUUGCUCUGGGCCCAGCAUAUCAGCACAGAGAUCUAGGGUAAGGAUAGUUGCUUAUAAACCUCCAAGUUUUUCUCCUCUCUGAAUGUCUCUGGAACCUGCAAGUUUAUAAGAGGGUACUGGGCAGAGCAACCAGAGAAUGAGAUCAGAUGGCUUGCUCUUGAAAGCAUGUGCCUGGUUUCAAUAGUCCCCUUUUGGGUUGGUUGUAUUCUAUAAUGUGUCCCCUGAGAAGACAGACUAAGCAGCCUGUGUUACCCUGCAAUUUCUCCAAACUAUUUGCAUGAAAUACUGCAGACAAAAAGCCCAGUCCCUGAUUGGCUGUUGCUAGGUAACAACAUAAUCAUUAGGAAAUUAGGCUGUUCUCUUUUUUUUCCAACCCAGAGUAUGUGUGUGAUUGCAGUGUUGUGCAGGAAGAGAGAGGGAGUGGAACAAAGAGAGAUAAAUGGGAUGGUCUUGAAGGCGGGGACGUCACAGCCACAAACCUGCAACCCACGCAUCCACCUGCUCUCCUGCCACCUGAGUGCCCUGACUGUGCCACCCUGUAGGCCAUGGAGAAUGAGCUGCCAGUCCCGCAUACAUCCAGCAGUGCCAGUGUGACCAGCGGUGCCAGUGGGUCUGGCAGUAGCAAUGGCUGUAGCAGUAGCAGCAGUGGUAGCAGUGGCCGCCCCACAGGGCCCCAGAUUUCUGUGUACAGUGGGAUUCCUGACCGGCAGACUGUGCAGGUGAUCCAGCAGGCCCUGCACAGGCAGCCCAGCACAGCCGCCCAGUACCUGCAGCAGAUGUAUGCCGCCCAGCAGCAGCACCUCAUGCUACAGACAGCAGCCCUGCAGCAGCAGCACCUCAGCAGUGCACAGCUCCAGAGCCUGGCAGCCGUACAGCAGGCAAGCUUGGUGGCCAACAGACAAGGGAGCACUUCUGGCAGCAGUGUGUCUGCACAGGCCCCAGCUCAAUCAUCUUCGAUCAACCUGGCAGCCUCCCCAGCAGCAGCCCAGCUCAUCAACCGGGCUCAGAGCGUCAACUCGGCCACAGCCUCUGGUCUUGCCCAACAAGCUGUGCUUUUGGGCAACACAUCUUCUCCAGCUCUGACUGCAAGCCAAGCACAAAUGUAUCUCAGGGCACAGAUGCUCAUCUUCACGCCCACGGCCACCGUCGCUACCGUGCAGCCUGAGCUCGGCACUGGCUCCCCCGCCCGGCCCCCUACCCCUGCCCAGGUACAGAAUCUGACCCUUCGAACACAGCAGACACCAGCUACAGCAGCCUCGGGCCCUACCCCUACUCAGCCUGUUCUGCCCAACUUGGCCCUGAAACCCACCCCUGGCAGUAGCCAGCCUCUGCCUGCCCCUUCGCAGGGCAGAAACACUGCUCAGGCUUCCCCUACAGGUGCUAAACCUGGCAUAACUGACAGUGUGAUGGAGCCACUCAAGAAAGGGGAUGGCAACAGCAGCCUGCCAGAUAGCAUGGACAGCAGGGCUGGGCUCAGCCGGACGGUUCCCGCUGUAGCAACUCACCCCCUCAUUGCACCAGCAUAUGCUCAACUGCAGCCGCACCAACUCCUCCCACAGCCGUCAGCAAAGCACCUGCAGCCCCACUUCGUGAUCCAGCCACAGGCACAGCAACCACAGCAGCAGCUGCUGCAGCCCCAACCGUCCCGGCCUGUGCCCCAAGCCCAGCCCCAACUUGCCUCAGUUCCCCCAAGUCUGGCCCCACAGGCCAGCUCAGAAGCCCAUGCCAUGCCACUAGGCCCAGCUGCACCCACCCUGCCACUUCAGUGUCCCACUGCCCAUCUGCACAAGCCUGGCAGCAGUCAGCAAUGCCACCUUUCCACACCAGAUGCUGGAUCUCAGAAUGGACAUCCUGAGGGCAUGUCCCAUACCUCUCAACGCAGGCUGCAUCACACCUCAGCCGUCAUCUUACAACUACAGCCUGCUUCACCAGUGCCCCACCAGUCUGGCCCUGAUGACUGGAAAGAAGCCGGAACAGGGGAGAAGAGCAUACCCGAGGCUCGGCCAGGCCCAUCCCCACACCAGCAAGCCAUUGUUACUGCCAUGUCUGGCAUGCCUGUACCCAAGAGCCCCAACAUCCAGCAGUCCCCAGCUCACGAGACAGGGCAGGGCAUUGUUCAUGCACUGACCGACCUCAGCAGCCCCGGCAUGACCUCAGGGAACGGAAACUCUGCCUCCAGCAUCACCGGCACUGCCCCCCAGAAUGGUGAGAAUAAACCACCACAGGCCAUUGUGAAACCCCAAAUCCUGACGCAUGUUAUCGAAGGGUUUGUGAUCCAGGAGGGGGCGGAGCCUUUCCCGGUGGGACGCUCGUCCCUGCUGGUGGGGAAUCUAAAGAAGAAGUAUGCCCAGGGGUUCUUGGCUGAGAAGCUUCCGCAGCAGGACCAUACCACCACCACUGACUCAGAGAUGGAGGAGCCCUACCUGCAAGAAUCCAAAGAGGAGGGUACUCCCCUCAAACUCAAAUGUGAGCUCUGUGGCCGGGUGGACUUUGCCUACAAAUUCAAGCGCUCCAAGCGCUUCUGUUCCAUGGCUUGUGCAAAGAGGUACAAUGUGGGAUGCACCAAACGAGUGGGACUUUUCCACUCAGACCGGAGCAAGCUGCAGAAGGCAGGAGCCACAACCCACAACCGCCGUCGGGCUAGCAAGGCCAGUCUGCCACCACUUACCAAGGAUACCAAGAAGCAGUCAACAGGCACUGUACCCCUUUCAGUUACUACUGCCUUGCAGCUGACACACAGCCAGGAAGACUCCAGUCGUUGCUCAGAUAACUCAAGCUAUGAGGAACCCUUGUCACCCAUCUCGGCCAGCUCCUCCACCUCACGUCGCCGGCAAGGCCCACGGGAUCUGGAGCUCCCCGACAUGCACAUGCGGGACCUGGUGGGCAUGGGGCACCACUUCCUCCCAAGUGAGCCUACCAAGUGGAAUGUGGAGGACGUCUACGAAUUCAUCCGCUCCCUGCCAGGCUGUCAGGAAAUUGCUGAGGAGUUCCGUGCCCAGGAGAUUGACGGGCAAGCUCUGCUGUUGCUCAAGGAGGACCACCUGAUGAGCGCCAUGAACAUCAAGCUGGGGCCUGCUCUGAAGAUCUAUGCCCGCAUCAGCAUGCUUAAGGACUCUUAGGGCCAGCAGGGCAGCAGGGUUCUGGCCUAGAGCUCCUCUCCACUGAGCACAGCCAGAUAGACAUUCCUGAGGGGCCCGGAGGCGCGGCCAGCCAGAGGGAGGGGGCUCUCCCUAGGGGCACAGCUGGUGAGGAGGUCUGGGUACCUCCUCAAUGGCUCUCAGGGGCCUUUCAUUUCUGUGGGAGGGGUAGAGAGGUAGGUGGCACAGAAGAUGGGGCUUUAUGCUUGUAAAUAUUGAUAGCACUGGCUUCCUCCAAAGUCCCAAUACUCUAGCCCAGCUCUCUUCCCUUCCCUCCGUCCCCCGUUUUCCAGGGGAUUAUGGUCAGGGCUUCCCAACCUGUGUUGGGUUACUUCCAAGGGCAGCCAGCAGGCCUGCAUAGAGGUCUCACAGCCCUUGCCUUCCUUCCUCCUGCUUUCUCCAGGCCUGGGUGGCCUUCCGUUGCCAGUUUCUCCCACUUCAGCCUGUCCGUGCAGCAGUGGGUUCCCCCACCCGCUGCCCCUCUGCAGGCGGAGAGAGAGAAGCUGGCCCCAGUUUGGCCAUGCCUGCCGGCACAGACGCCUUAACGCUGUGUGUAUGUAUGACUGUGUGACUGUGUGGGGCCUGGACUGACAUGAGCUGCCCUCUGGCACCUCCAGGUGUUUUGUAGCAAACAGCCACUUAGUGCUUUGUCCUGGACUCCUCUCGGCCUGAGGAUGGGGAAUAGAAAAGGGCAGCCUUGAAAAGGGCAAGAUCAGAAAGGUGGAGAUGGGAUGGCCAGGAGGUCUCAGAAAGCCCUCCUCGCAUGGUAACACCCCCAGUGCCCUGUUGUCUCCAACAGCACAGAGCAAGCUGUGCUGAGCUGAGGCACACAGCUCAAGGGCCACUCCAGGGUCACCUGGCGACUUACCCUGGCAGUCCCAUGGUAGGCCAGAGCACUGAAGGCGGGGGACAGCUUGGAGGCACUGGGUGGGAAAGCACCCUUUGGCCCUGCUCCCACACUUCUUUGCUUGUAACAAAACUUAUACAGCUGCUACAGCUAACAGGCAGGGCAGGAAGGGCGAGGGCCUGCCUCCGACUUGCCCUGUCCACACCACUCCUAGGGAAAGUCCAACUCUCCCCAGGAGAGGUGGGCACCUUUCUCAGCUCACUCUAUUCCUCACCCACACCCCCAGGCAGGGUUGGAAAUGAAGGACUUUUUUAAGCUUUUGUUUGUUUUUUAAAAAUAAAACCUGUAAAAUCUU